CCUGAUAUCACAACAAUUUAUUUUUACCGUGGUUUUGUCUGUGCUUGUAGGUUCAUGUWGUCUAAUGUCUUGAAAACUUUAACUUUUAAAUUUUAAAUGCUUAAUAGCUUUUGUGGUUAUAAUUUAUAUUCUAAUAAUUCAAUCAUUCAUCACUGAGAUUUCAGAUAUUUAUUUUGAACAUUGAUUAUUGUUUAUACUUCAAGUCGUGCAGACCACGCAAUUAGUUUGGUUACAAUCGCACUAAUCACAGAACAAUAUUACUGUAAGUUUGUAAGAAGCAAUAGGUAUGGCGUUUGUUCGGGUUAAAAGGCGUCACAACGAAGAUCCGUUUGAUUCAAUUGUAGUAUCACAUAAGAAACUGAAAACUAUUGGUACUGAGUUGAAUAGAGAUUGUGUGUUUCAAUUUGCUGCCACUUUAAAAGAUGAAUAUGAAAACUUAUCUCAAAUAUUGAAAGAAGUUCGAGAAGAAAGAUCUGUAAAAGCGUUAACAAAGAUGAACAAAAACAAAAAUUGUAAUGAUGUGGUUGAACAUUCAAAAGCAGAACGUUUGAAGCUAGUUAAUACUCUCAGAGCUGUUAAACAAGACACAGUACCAAUUGAAGAUAUGGAUGGAAAAAAUGCUGAAAUUAAAGUCGUUGAUUUUGUUAAGCAAGUAGAUGAUAAUGGCAAGCCCUUAAUAGAUGAAGGAAUUUCAGUUGACUAUGUAUAUGACUUGUAUUAUGCAUUCAAUAAUGAUGAUAAAUCAAUUGAUAUACAAGAUAUUGAUAGUGUACAUGGAUUAGAUUCAGAAAWUUUUUAUAAUAUUUGUAAAAAUAAUGAAAGCUCUGAUAAUGAUUCCUCACAUUGUGAAGAUGAUGAUGAUUCCAAUGAUGAAGGGAAUUGGAGAAAUGAUUAUCCUGACGAGGAUGAAAUGGAUAAUGAUGAAGAUGAUUAUUGUCAAAAUCUGAUUUUGAAAUCAAAACAAUGGAAUAUAAAUGAUGAUAGCAGUUCUGAUGCAGAAGAAAAUAUUGAAGAUUAUGAUUUACGUUUUGCAAGAUAUAAAGAACGCGUGAAAGCGGAAGAACAUUUUUUUUAUAACAGUGUUGAUGAAAGUUCUGGAAGUACAAAUGAUUCAGAUGAUUAAAUUCUGUAAGAUAAAUAUUUAUGAUCAUGGGCCAGCUGUAUUCACAAGAUUAUAUAUAUUAUUAAUUUUAAUUGCAGUAUAAUUUAUAUUUUCAUAAGCUAUUAAAAAAAAUUUUU